CCAGGCCAGCCCCCCAGGCUCCCAGCCCUGUGCGCGCUCCCGAGGCUCAAAGCCGGCGGGCCGCCGAGACCUUCAGCGGCGACGGGUGGAGCUGGAUCCUAGGCAGCGUGCACCGGGAAGAUGAAGCAGGCCCUGGUGGAUGAUACUGAAGAUGUGUCCCUGGACUUCGGCAAUGAAGAGGAGUUGGCCUUUAGGAAAGCCAAGAUCAGGCACCCCCUGGCCACCUUUUUCCACCUGUUUUUCCGUGUGAGCGCCAUCGUCACCUACGUGUGCUGUGACUGGUUCAGCAAGAGCUUCGUGGGCUGCUUCGUCACCGUGCUGCUCCUGCUGUCCUUCGACUUCUGGUCUGUGAAGAAUGUAACCGGAAGACUCAUGGUGGGCCUUCGGUGGUGGAACCAGAUCGACGAGGACGGGAGGAGCCACUGGGUCUUUGAGGCCAGGAAGGCUUCUCCCAGCGGCAUGGCUGCCACGGAGGCCGAGGCGCGGAUCUUCUGGCUGGGCCUCAUCAUCUGCCCCAUGAUCUGGAUCGUGUUCUUCUUCAGCACCUUGUUUUCCUUGAAGCUCAAGUGGCUGGCCCUCGUGAUCGCGGGGAUUUCGCUCCAAGCCGCCAACCUCUACGGCUACAUCCUCUGCAAGAUGGGAGGCGAGGAUGACAUCCGCAAAGUCACGGCCAAUUUCCUGUCCCAGACUGUGUUCCAGACGGCUUACUUGUCGUCAGAGGCGGAAAUGGCUUAGACGGGCGGCUCUGGUGCAGCGGGCUUCCAGAAGAGCGCAUCCGGCCCCAGCCCUUGUUUCAGGAAGCAGGCCUCGUGGGACAGGUUCAAGGAGACUUUUUAUUUUAAAAUGGCACAUGUGUACAGAGCCCUGAGCUAUGUUCUAAAGGGGGACAGCCCGAUGGCCAGUGUCCUCAGGACGCGACUUCAGGUGGCGCCGGCGUUUGGCCCCUUUUGCUGCAACUCCUCCUGACCUGAGUGGGGCAGGUGUGAUGGGAGGUGCGGCCCAGGUUGCGCAGCGUGGGGGCCGCUGGGUCCUUGGCACUGUCCUGUGCUUCAGGAGCUGACGAGGUCCUCUCUUGGCUGUCGGGGAGUACAAAACUCUUGGAUUUCUGGAAGACAAGAAGACGGGCGCAGGGUGCACACCUGACCAGCCCCGGGCCAGGGCGGCCGCACCCACCCUGCAGCAGAAUCCCUGGUGCUCCACUCCAGGUGAAAGCCUGUUUCUGUGAUGCCCUGAGCCCAGAACGUGGCCCGCACGCCUCGCACGGCUCCCUGCAGGCGUGGCCAGUGGCUGGAGGCCUCGCGUGGCCCAUCCUGCAGCUGGACCCGGGAUGCUGGGCAUGAACAAUGUUUUAUUGGCCAGGAAGGCCCAGUCACAGCUGAGAGCGGGACUCUAACUUCUGCUACCACUUCUGUUACCAAGGCUGCCUGCUGGUGGGCUCUGGCCUGCAGGUGGCUUGGCUUUGCAUCCCAGGGUUUUGGGUUUUUUUUUUUUUUUUGGCGGUGCCGGGGAUUGAACCCACGGCCUUGUGCACGGAAGGCAAGCACUCCAUCAACUGAGCUAUCUCCCCAGCUCCCGUUUUGGGUUUUUUUAAGUUGAUUUUUUACUAGUCUCCUGAAAUGACCUUCCUCUGCUGUAGAUUCUGCCCUCACUGUGUUUUCUGAACCAUGAAUCCGUUCACCACACUGACACACUGGGAGACUUCUCGUGGCUUCCUGGGCCACUCUGGUCAUCUCAGGCCCCCCACCCUUGCUGCAGGUGACCGUGCUAAGUGCAAGGGCUGUCCUCAUGCCCAGCCACUGAGCUCCUUCCUGCAGCCUCCCAGGCAGGGGGCACCUGAAUUCAGACUCACACACUUACUCUGAAUUAUGCUUCUAUAGGCUAAUGUGGCUGGUGAAUUCGGCGCUUCAACAAAAAAAGACUGGCCUUUGUCACAGCUCUCACCUGAAAGAGAAGAGAGGAAGAGAUGAGCGCCGGGAAGAAAGGGCGCAGGAGGCCUGGGCGUCUUCCAGAGCCGCUGAGAACGUGGGGGCCCUGGGACCUGAGCUGCGUCCCCUUCACCCCACGGAGGGCCUGGCCAGCAUUUCAACCAUGCUGUAAAUAAGCUGGGUGAUGUGUGGGAAAUACAGGUUCCAGGGCCCCGCAGCGCCGGGUGGGCCCAGGAGUCUGCAUUGUAAGAGAGGAACCAGUUCUUGGAGUAAACAGACAGCAGAUGCAUGUUGUUACAAAGAGACAGUAUGGAACUCGCGGGGAAGUACAUGAAAAGCAAAUCCAAAGGGGACUCCGAGUAUUCUUGGCAUCGCUCAGGAAACACACCACACGUGUGGCCUGUGCACACGCAGGCCCUCAUGCUCACAAUGCCAACGAGCGCUCCGCACACGCCCGGCGGGGGCUCUUCCCACCCACCUCACCUUCAAGGCCAGCUCACGGGCACUUGGCUCCAGGCCCCGGCGGGCCACACGCGGGCUGUCUGUAGGACCAUGGUGAACCCCGGGAGACCUGACCGAGGGGCACCUGGCCUGAGGACGCGCUGGUGGCUGUGCCGGCGUUCCUAGGAGCUGGUCCGCGGCUAAGGUGCCACAGGCUGACACUCCCCCUCCCCCCUCCCGCAUGGGCCCCCUCGGUUCCUCCCGAGGCAUCUCCCCUAAAACGCUCCUGGCCACCAAGCCAUCCUAAGGACUGCCCAGGGCAAGGCAGAGGCUGGCGGGGACUGACGUGUGCUCCAGGUGGCUUGUGCCCAUUCUGGCCCUGCCUGGGGUGCUGUGGGGAGGAUCGUCAGUGACCACUGCCCGGUGUUGUGCUCCCAUCCCCGGGGAGGCAAUUGUCCACUGCAGAAGUAUUCUGGGGUGUGGGAACAAGGAAGGGGGUUUGGGGACACGACUCCUGGCCCCGGGUCUCUGGGCUCUCCGGGCUCCAUCCUCACAGCAUCGCCGCGCCCCUGUCCUCAAGGCAGGUCCCCCAACCUGUCCUCCUGCCCUUCCCCUCCACACGCCCCUGGCAAGCUCGCUCUCUCUGCAGCUCCGGUGCCUGGAUCCUCGCCCUCCCGAAAGACCCUGGACUCCUGGCCGCAGGCUGACGCCCCAGGCCCACCCGCCUCUCCGACAGCUCCAGGGCAGGGCAGGGUCCCGCGGGAGGGCCUGCACUGCAGCUGCUGCCUCCU